UGACCUGUCACAUGACCCGCCUCUGUCCAUGCUACCGGAGUUGCAACUUGCUAACCACCUAGCAUGACGGCUGGCUGCGAAACGGGGGCUGUCUGAGACGAAGGGAAGUUCUGCAUGACCGCACACCGAAAUGCACGAGGGAGGCUUGGGGGGUGCUCGUAGCGACCCGGGGGUCUUUCCACAGUGAACGGUGCCUGGUGGUCUCGCCGUGAUGUACCCGUUCGGCUGCGACGCACAGACCUCCCUCCUGGACCUGUUCGCCUUCUUCAAGCAGAGUUUGCAGCAGGCAGAGUGGGAACUGGCCAGCGCCUGCGUGCCCCAGCUGGUCACCCCUCCCGGAGGACACGCAGAAGAUGUGAAGAGCAUCAUCAAAGCCAUCAUCUCGCGCCCUUACAAGUUGAAAUGGCGCUCUGUGGGCACGCCACACAAGCUGGCCUGGUUCUGGCUUCAGGUGCUGGAGAACUGCACCGAGGAGCGGGUUUCCACCGUGACCAGGAUGGAGCUGGAGUUCCUGCUGCUCCUGGAGGAGCUUGGGGAGGAGGGCAUUCAGGAGACGGCGCUCAAGGAGCUGCACGGGGUCUUUCUGGAGGGCCAGUCCCGGCCGGAGGGGACGGGCGUUUCCACGGCGACCGCCGCCUGCGUGGAGUCGACCCUGCGGACCCUGCUGGAGCGCAGGAAGCCCACCCUGGCCCAGGCCCUGGCCCGCUUCCUCCAGGCCUCUUCUCCUGGGGGCCUCAGUGUCUCCGCCCUCCAGGGCCCCUUCAUCCACCACCUGCUGGAGCGCCUGAGGGGCCCCGACCGGAGCCCCGCGUGGGCGGAGGAGGUCUGCAGCGUGCUGGGCGCCCUGCCCUGGGGCUCGGAGCGUACCGGGGCCGCUCCCCCGGUCCCGGCCCCGGUCCUGGCCCUGUGCGAGGAGCUGUGGGGGGUCCGGGGGGGCCCCCUGACGGAGGAGCGCGUGCUGAGCGCUCUGCUGCGGCCCCGCUCCGACGCCCUGGUGGGGGCGUACAGCGCCACCGCCCUGCGGCUCCAGAGGGACCACCUGCUGAGGGCCACGCCCGGGCUGCCAGUCGAUCUCCCCGAGGCAGAGAGGCUGGUCCUAAGCUUGUGUUGCCAUGAAGACCGCCAGUUAGCGUGGAAGACCAUUUACUUUGAGUGCCUCAGCAGUGGGAAGCACUUCCUGGAGCAGGUUCUGGUGACGGGUCUGGACCUCAUCAAGCGGGAGGAGUUCUCCUGGCUGGAGGUGCUGCUGAAGCAGGAGUUCCAGCCGCUGUCCCGCCUGCUGCUCCUGCUGGGAUGGACCCACUGCCACAGCCUCCGCUCCGCCCGGAGCCUGCUCCACACCCUCCACCUUCAGCAGCCUCCUGCCAACGACUCUGUUCUGCAAGAAUUUGCCAACUUCCUGUCUUCUCAGCUGACCGUGCUGGAGUGGUGCAAACUCAACCACCCGGCGGUGUCCAUGGAGUCCCUGGUGGGCCAGCUCCACACGCUGGACCACCACUCUGCCCUGUACCUGCUGCACACUCUGACCCCGCUGGCACGCCUCCCGGAGACCCGGGUGCUGGCGCUGCUGCAGCAGCUGCUGCCACGGCAACCGGGGAGAGACGACGUGGAGGGGAUCAGAACGGCCGACGCGGCGGUCCACAGGAACGUGGUUCUGUUCCAGGGCUUCUGUGCCAUGAAGUACGCGGUGUACGCCCUCUGCCUGAGCACCCACAAGUACUCCGGCUGCACCCAAUGCACGGGCGCUGAGCUGCAGGACGCGGACCACGGACGGACACCUGCAGAACGGUACGAGCAGGUGUUCCAGCACUACCUGUCGGAGGUGCAGCUCUACCUGGAGGUGGUGCCCGCCCUGUUCCGCCUGGAGCUGCUGGAGAACAUCUUCUCCCUCCUCUUCCUCUCCAGCGCCGACUUCCUCCAGCCCGACCAGAGAGACCCGGCCUCCGCCUCCACCUCCACCUCCACCUCCACCAGCCCCGGAGCCCCGACAACACCCAAAUCAGAGAACAAGACCUCCGACUCUGGAGCCCCCCGAGAGGAGGAGGAGGAGGAAGAGGAGGAGGAGGAGGAAGAAGAGGAGGAGGAGGAGGAGACGGCGGCGGGUAAACCGGUCGGCGGGGCACCGGCGCCCCCAGCUGGCCUGGCAGCAGCGGCCCACAGCCGCUACCUGGACCUGGGCCACCUGACGCGGGGCUGCAGGGGGUUCCUGGUGGACGCCGGGGCCAUGGAGGGCCUCCUGCGGCUGCUGAAGGAGGGCCUGGAGGGGCUGUGCGUGGUGGGCCAGGAGGAGGGCCGCGCCCCCCCCGGGGAGGCGGAGGCGGCGGAGAGCCUGGGCUGCUCGGUGACGCCGCAGACGUUCGGGGCGCGCCUGCAGCGGCUGACGAAGCGCACGGCCGAGGCCCGGUGGAGGCUGCAGAUCGUCACCAGCAACCAGGCGGCCGGUUCAGAGAAGGCCUUCCAGAGCGCGGGGCCGGCCUGUCCCACGACCCCGACCCCGACCCUGAGCCGGGGCUCUGGCUCCAGCCUUAGGAGGAGGAGGAGGAGGCGCGUGGGGCGACGGACCUCCACGGAGAGAACCAACGGAGAGGCUAACGCUAGCAGUAGCCCCCCAGGUGGUGGAGGUGGUCGAGGAGGUGGAGGAGGAGGAGGAGGUGGAGGCGGGGGCUCCGAGGGGGAUGAGUGCCCGUGCGGAGGUCCCCACAGCUGGCUGGUGCCGGCCAUGCUGGCGCCCCCGGACUCUCUGCUCAUAUCCUGCGUCCAGAGGGGGAACUUCAUGGAGGCGCAGCAGGUGUCUCAGGUGUUCGGUCUGGAAGGCUCCGAGUGCUACGGCGAGCUGGGCUUCAUGGAGCGCUACCAGGAGGUGCUGCAGGAGCUGGCUCGUGUGGAGCAGAAGAUGGAGACCCAGUCCCUGUCUCCCUCCUCCUCCUCGUCUGAGGGGGGCGUGGCCUCUGUGGGCGUGGCCUCCGGUGGGCGGAGCCGGCUGGGGAGCAGCGGGAGGUCGACCCUGCAGGCCAUCGGCAGCGCGGCGGCCGCCGGCAUGGCCUUCUACUCCAUCUCAGACAUCGCUGACCGGCUCCUCAGCACCCCGACCCAGCCCAUCCCGUCCCUGGAAGAGGGCUACUGGCUGGGCCGCUGCCCCCCGGACCACCCCCACCAGCCGGCGGUGCAGGCCCUGCUGGAGGAGCUCAGCCCCCCGGCCAUGGCGGCCUUCGACCUGGCCUGCUGCCACUGCACGCUGUGGAAGACCUCCAGGCAGCUGCUGGACACCGCCGAGAGGAGGCUGAACGCCAGCCUGGAGGCCCGCGGGGUCCGGUCGGACCCUCAGCUGCCCCGCCCGGGGGGCAUCGUCGGGUUCCCCACGGUGCUGCAGCAGGUCAGCAAGAUCCUCAACCACACCGCCAGCAACAAGGGCUCCCCCAAGACCGAGUCCUCGGGGGAGGAGCCGGUGGGCUCCAGCCCGUUCGGCUGCUGUAUCCAGGAGGUGCUGCUGUCCUGCCAGCCCGCCCUGACCCAGGAGGGGCUGGUGUCCCGGCUGGGCCUCGCCCAGCGCCUGGAGCAGACGGUGCUGACCCUGACCGCAGCCACGCACAACCCCGACGGUCUGACAGGAAGUGCCCUGCUGGCGGCGCUGAUGGAGCAGGCGGGGCUGAAGCAAGCGGAGCUGGACGCCCACCCGGUGCGGUCGGGCAUGAAGCACAUUCUCCGGGCGCUGGACCAGCUCUGCCCCUCGGACCCAGACGGGACCGGGGCCACGCCCGACGGGACCGGGGCCUCGCCGCCCGACUACAUGCGCACCUUCCUGGACUACGUCAACACCAUGGCCGCCGUGCUGGUGCGCAGCCUGAGCCCCGAGGACCAGGCUGAGGUGAAGCUGGGGAACCCUCUGCUGGUGCUCCUGCAGAACCCGUCCCAGCUGCUGUCCCACCUGCUGUUCGACAGACAGGUGUCCCCUGAGAGGGUGCGGUCUCUCCUGCAGCAGGCCAGCCUCCAUCUCAGCGUGGAGGAGGUGAUCCUCCAGCGGUGCUGUGAGCCCAUGCCCAUCUGGUCCACGCACCACUCCUCCGGUCCCCAGCCCCCGGCCCCGGACCCCCACCCCGACCCGGAGCGGCUCAAGCCAGGGGAGGACACCGGGGGGCUCUUCAACGUAGCCAGCAUGACCUCCUUGCUCCACCAGCUCCUCCCCGAUCACAUGACCACCCUGGGGGACCCCCCGCCCAAACCCGGCUCCGUCGACUGCUCCGAGGCCUCCCUGGACACCAGCACCUCCAGCUCCCCCCUCAGCCCCUCCAGCUCCCCGCCCUCCUUCUCCUCCUCCUUCUCCGUGUCACUCUCCUCCUCCGCCAACGUCUCCUCCUCCUCCUCCUCCGCCAACAACCCCACCUCCUCCCCCGGCGCCUUCCUCCUCACCUCCUCCACCCUGGCCUUCCUGAAGAGCCGCUGCCCCCUGCUGGCGGCGUUGGCCUGCCUGAGCGCGGCCCCCCGCGUUGGGGAGGCCUCGCGGGCCCCGCCCUCCGGCUGGUCCGGCAUCUUCCGCACGGGCCGCAAGGACCAGGCGCUGGACCCGGAGCAGGUGGCCCGCGAGGCGGACGCCCUGCUCCGCGAGUUCCCCGUCCUGCAGGCCUACCUCCGCGCCGCGGCCGGGCCCGUCCUGGGGCCGGACGCCGCCGCCGCCGCCGCCGAGGAGGGGGGUGGGGGGCUCGGCGCCGCUCUGUGCGGGAAGCCCCUGGUCGGCCUGCUGCUGGGCGGGCCCCAGGGGGCCGGCGCCCAGGCGGUGGCCCUGGACGCCUUCCGGCAGGCCCUGGUGACGCGGGACCUGGGCCGGGCCCUGAGCCUGCUGGGGCUGUACGGGAGAGGGGGGCGCCAGGAGGGGGCGCUCAGGGACCGCCUGCUGGCCUGCGCCGCCCUGGAAGAUGGAGAGGAAGACGGCAUCAGACAUCUGUUCAGGGUGAAGGACCCCGGGCUGAGGGCUCGGGUUGCCCUGCAGGCCCUGGAGAGGUGGCCGCUGGGUGCCUGUCUGGAGCUGCUGGAGUUCUGCCUCAACGACCCCGACACGGGGCCCCCCCUGAGGGCCGACCUGGAGGGCCGGAGGACGGAGCUGGACAUCUACCGAUGGAUGUUGGACCUGAAGCCAGCGCUGCCAUGGGCCAACUGGCAGGACCUCAGGAACCAGUCGAGGAAAGAUUCUGAGAAACUGUUCACCAUCAUGCUGCAGCACAAGGAGUUCGAGCUUUGCGGGGCGUGGCUCCAGCUGUUCCCCGUGUCGGACCCCCUGCGGCUCCAGCUGCAGACGGAACACCUGCUGCACCUGCUGGACAGCGGGCUGACGGAGGAGGCCCACCUGCUGCUGGAGGGCGUGCAGGACGUGGGCCUGGAGGUGUGUGAGCGCGCCCUGGACCGCCGGCCGGGGUUCGCAGCGUGUCACUUCCUGGCCGACCACCUGACCCUCCACUUCCAGAGUCAGGUGACCCCCUCCAGGCGGCGGCACAUCCAGGCCCUGCACCUGGGCUCCAAGGUGAACCUCUCUCUCUCUCUCUCUCUCUCUCUCUCUCUCUCUCUCUCUCUCUCUCUCUCUCUCUCUCUCUCUCUCUCUCUCUCUCUCUCUCUCUCUCUCUCUCUCUCUCUCUCUCUCUCUCUCUCUCGUAUUGUAGUUUUCUUACCAUAUCUCCUUCUUGAUCUCUCUUGCUCUGUUUAUUUCGCUUCCUCUCUCAGAUAUUGUCUGUUUGGCUUUUUCGAUUUAUCUUUCUUUGUCGUCUUGUGUUCUAUUUUUAUAGUUCUGAUGAUGAACUGGAAGAAGCUGAAGGUAACUACAGCCUUUAUUCUGUGUUUUAAAGUAGUGGUUUUUAAUUGGACGCAAAUCAUUAUGUAUGUGUGUAUCUGUGAGUAUUGUGCAUUAAUGACGUGGUCUGGUCUAUGUUGCGUCUUAAUGGUCUACCUGUGGGUCCCCCCCCAGCAGUGGGUCCCCAGGCUCAGGCUCGGGGAGGACUGCGUGCUCACCCUCCCGGAGGUGGUCCAACGGCAGGUCCGGCUCAGCUCCAGGCCCUCGGAGAACCAGCUGCUGAGGAGCGAGUUCUACUUCGAACAGGCCCCCAGCGCCCACCUCUGUGUGGCCAUCCUGUCCCUGCACAGCGACCAAUCAGAGUGCGGCCAGCAGCUGAUUGGCCACUGCCGCGCCCUGUCCCGGAAGCUGAACCACGCGGAGGUGGACGCGGGCCUGCUGACGGACGUCAUGAAGCGGCUGCUCUUCAGCGCCAAGCUCAUGUUCGUCAAGGACGGCCGCAGCCACGACCUGCCCCUGUGUGACAGCUUCAUCAGCAAGGUGGACGUGCUGAAGAUUCUGGUGAGGGCCAACUACCGGCCCAUCCCCUCCCUGGAGGACCUCCUGGAGACCCCCGCCGUCACCCGCCUCAGGAACCAGCUCCUGGAGGCCGAGCACUACCAGCUGGCCGUGGAGGUGUCCACCAAGAGCGGUCUGGACCCCAGCGGGGUGUGGCACGCCUGGGGCAUGGCCUUCCUGAAGGCGGGCCGGCUGUCGGCCGCCCGCGAGCGCUUCUCCCGGGUCCUGAAGCCGCCUCUGGACCGGAACCAGCUCAGCCCGGGGCCCCCACUGCUGCAGGAGAUCGUCCAGCAGCUGGAAACCACGCUGAGGCCCCGCCCCUCCAUGCCGUUCAGCGAGGACAUCCUGGCGUCGCUACGGGAGCUGGAGGAGGUCCUGUCGGACCCGGGCGCGGCGGAGCGCCCGGACCCCCCCGCCCCGGACCCGCGGCUCCACCAGGAGGCGCUGCACUACCUGACCUCCUACGGGACGCACCUGGCGCUGGUCUGCUUCUACAUGCGCCACGACCGCAUGAGGGACGCCCUGAGUCACCUGCUCAGCAAGGAGUGUCCCGACGAGGUGUUCCUGGACGGGGUCCUGCAGCCCAGCCUGGAGCGGGGGGCCCUGGCCGCGCUGCAGGGCCUGCUGGAGAGCCUGGACCCGGGGCUGGAGCGCUGCAGCCGCUACCUCAUCGCCUCCUGCCAGCUGCUGCAGCGGAGGCGCCACUUCCACACGCUGUACCAGCUGCAGAAGUUCAUGACAGAUCACGUGCGGGCCGCCAUGACCUGCAUCCGGUUCUUCUCCCACGGGGCCCAGUCCUACACUCAGCUGGGGGAGCAGCAGCGCUGGCUGGUCCGGGCCAAGGAGCACCUGAGGACGUACCUGCAGGAGCAGCAGGGCCGGGGGUCAGUGGCCCGGAGGAGGUCCCCGGUCUCCUCCUUCAGGAAGCCCAUGUCCUCCAGCGACGUGUCCAGGCACAUGAGCACCGUGGAGCUGCAGCUGGAGGUGACCCGCUUCCUCCACCGCUGCGAGGCCGCCGCCUCCAAGGCCGCCGCCCACUCCCCCGUCCCCACGGCGACGGGCUCCCCCAGCGCCCCCCCCACCCUGUUCGGGGGCACCCGGAUGAAGGCGGAGGUGGCCUGCAGGGUGAUGCUGGGCGGUAAGAACAUUGAGGAGGGCUUUGGCAUCGUCUACAGAAUCAUCCAGGACUUCCAGCUGGACGCCCAGGCGGUGUACGUGCGUGCGGGCCAGCGGCUGGCGCGGCAGCGGCAGUACGCGGCCAUCCGACAGCUGCUGAAGUGUGUGGGCGAGUCGGGGACGGCCACCAAGAACGACGGCGACGCCAUCGUCCUCAGCUGCCUGUCGGUGGCCGAGAAGCCCCCCGCCGACGCCAAGGAGUUGGAAGUUCUCAUCUCUGAAAUCAAGAGCCCGGAGAACAAGGUCAAGGCCCACCUGCUGUGCGGGCGGCUGCGGCAGGCCUACCUGCAGGCGGUGAAGCUGGACCCGGGACAGGCCCGCCCCCGGGUGCAGGAGGUGCUGCAGGCCGCCGAGGGCGCCUCGGACUCGGUCAUGCGGAACAUCUGCGACCGCUGGCUCUCGGAGCACCAAAACAAAAGCCCCCAGCAACGGCAGAACCGACCCAACGCCAGAUAAGUGCGCUUUUAAAGUGGGAACUCUUAAUGUGUAGUAGAGUGUAGGGGAGAUACACAUGCACACAUGGCGGGGUGAGUUUUGAAGAUGUUUGGGAUAUUUAUGGAGAGCGUCGAUUUCACAAUGCGACGCGGCCAGCGAAGCGUCCGCAGCCCACGCCACGCCGACCUCCCACUGCGGGGCGGCAGGAACCCCGCUGGGGCCGCCAGCGGGGUCUCGGCGGUUCUACACCCAGACCCCAUGGGGGUUCUGCAGGGAGCCUUCAAGCUGAAGGUUCCCUCGGAGCCUUCACCACUGUGCUUUAGUUCCAACCCGAUAUUCUGCUGGUUCCUUCUCGUCAGCUGUUGCCGUUUUUUUCUUUCCACAACCACUUCGACGACAAGAGCCGCUCAGUGGGAGAGCGGCUGUAUCCGCAGGUGUCGCUUCGACCCACAACAAGUAUUUCCCCGCCUACCUCAGCCAAAAAGGGAAGAUAUAAUUAUUGCCUUGAGGAGAGUAAAGAACGCUGCUGAGGUCCUUGUUGUAAAGGGCUGCAGCUCGUCCUCCAUUUUUGGAACCGGCUGUGAAGCGCGCGUGCACACACACACACACACACACACACACACACACACACACACACACACACACACACACACACACACACACACACACACACACACACACACACACACAGCCAACAACUUAGGUAGCAAAAUUGGUUGUGUGUUGCUAAACGUUUCUUAUUUCUAUGGCUUCUCUUAUGAAGAGUGAAUCAUGACUUCAGUAUUUGGGGAACUGUCAGAAUGCAGAGGAUCACACAAUAUGAUCAACGUGAAUGUGUGUUUUUUUUCAACUGUAGGAUACUUAAAGGGAACCUUUAGAGAAAGCGUUUCUUGAGAUUCAAUCUAGCUCAAUUAAGCUAGCUAAAUAGUGCCAGCUGCCAACUACGAUUGCCGUCGUAGUUUUGUGUAUAUACAUAUUUUAGUAAUCAGUUUAAUGUACGUCAGCACAUUAGGGAAUAAAUAAGGUCAGUAUAAAACUAAAUCCAUGUGCGAGUCGGUCAACUGCUAAACACAUGAAAUGUGACAAGCCUUUUCUCUAAAAAGGGAUUCAUGUUGUGUGCGAUAAAUGAUAAAUGUUCAACACUUUAAUGUUUACCUGUUUAAGUACCCGUCACUGUGCCGAUUUGCUCCCCAAAACCUCUUUUCCAACUGCUUUGUACCUACAAUAUUCAAAAAAAAAUUAUCAGGACAAUCUAUAAAGUUACUGCUACAACUGCCGUUAGCCUUGUUAUCUCGAGAGCUAUUGAGCGGGAGAAGAGACGGAUGCCUUUCGUUCUUUUUGUCAUGUGAGGUGAAGUUCAGACAUUUGUUAGAAGUUUUCAACAGUUGCCUCUUUGUGAUCCUCGGCUUAACGAAUUAAAUCUCUCGUUGCUGUGAUUAAGUGCUAAAGAGUCCGAAAUUUGAGAAAAGGGCGGCCCACUUGCUUAUUAUGGACCGUUUGCUCACCACUGCCGCACUUUAAUAGUUGCUUGGAUGCAAAUAAUAAGUAGGUUGAUUUGUUUUGAUUUUCAUCACUGCGUGGAUGACACUUCUGAUGAUAUGAAUACUGACUGUUUUCCCAACAAUUGUAAAUAUAUAUCAUUAAAUAAACGGUAAUAAAUAUUUUUAUUUUUGGCCUCAUGUCAGCCAUUUGAAAUUGUUAACAAUAAUUGUAAUGUUUGCAAUGUCCUAUGGAAUAAAAUCGGUCUUGUAGAAACCAC